AUGUCGACGACUGUGAGGGCAGCGCUGCUCUGCGCUGUCUUGCUGACAUUCCAGCAAGUAAGCGCCGAGCUUAGAGGUAGAUGUCCAGCCCAGGAGGGACCCUGUCCAGCCAGAGCCACUCCUUGUAGUAGUGAUGAUGAGUGUGGAGAACAAGUGUGCUGUAAAACUUCGUGUGGGCAAACUUGUACAGACCCCUUAUAUACUGGUUGCGAAAACAUAAAGCUAUCAUCAGAAAGAAUUUCGCGAGCACUUGCCGCUGAGAACACGAGAAGUGGAAGAAGAAUAAAAUCACUAAGGUCUCCGCGGUGCAGGGCGGUAGACGGAGAAUUUGAGGAGAUACAAUGUGAUAACGAGAUCGUCAGUUCGUGCUGGUGUGUUGAUCCUACUGGUUUUGAGGUCCCUGGUACUCGCGCCCCAGCAGCCGGUCUAGUCAAUUGCACGCGUACGGCAGCAUGUGCUGCUCACACAUGCCGUAUGCUAUGCCCGCUUGGCUUCGAGCUGGAUGCGCGAGGAUGUCCUCUUUGCAAAUGCCGGGAUCCCUGCUCAUCUGUUACCUGCCCUGGGUCUCUAUCCUGCCAACUUGAAGAGACGCCGUGUUUGAGGCCGCCUUGCCCACCUGUACCCACUUGCAAACGAGGAAGGAGUCUCCAAAACAUCUGCCCAGUGGGAGAACCUUUGCUCAUAUCGGAGACGAGCCGACCAUUCCUGUGUGGAACGGAUCCAGGGAAACCGAACUGUCCACCACUGUACCGCUGCUUAGUUGAAUCAGGAAAUGACUACGGCGUCUGCUGUCCUGCGUCCCUAGAACUUCAGAAAGCCGGCACCUGUCCCGCGCCGUCUUCAUCAGAUGAUGAUUGUGGCACGCCAUGCGCACACGACUUGGAGUGCCCAUCAAUGCAGAAGUGCUGUGACGGUGGUGAAUGCGGAAGACACUGUACUCUUCCUCAUAACGUCACCAUGUGCACACAACAGAAGAUGCUAGCAGAAUUACUGGUAGUGAGUGAGAGAGAAGGAAGAGGAUAUGUUCCACAAUGCGGUGCUGAUGGCAGCUUUGAGUCAAGGCAGUGUUCAAGAAAUGGAUUAGUUUGCUGGUGUGUCGACUCUGAGGGAAAUAAACUGCGCGGAACCAUGGGCCCGUCAGCAUCUGUCAAAUGUUCAGCGACCCCUCGGCCAGCUAGAUCUGGUGGUAGAAGUCUCAGUGGAUGCGCGCGCGCAUUGUGCGCGGGUGUCUGCGAAUAUGGAUAUAAGACUGGCACAGACGGAUGCCCUACAUGCGAAUGCGAUGAUCCAUGCGCAGGAUUCCCCUGUGCUGAUGACGAAGAGUGCGUUAGGGUCAGAGAUGCUGAUUGUACAGGAGAGUUCUGCACUGGGUAUCCAGUAUGUCGACCACGAGUCUCAUAUGAGAAUCCUUGUGAGGUUGGAGUACCAGCGACUGACGCAGAAGGCUCUGUAGUCGCGUGUGGCUCAGAGCAGGACUGUCCUUCUGGUUUUCUUUGCUCGCUGACCAGACGAAGUGGCGGAUCUGUGUGCUGCCCAGAUGUCACUGCUGACAAUUCCACAGACAGUGAAGUUAUUGAAAUAAACUUCGAGUCAUGUGGUUCGGAAGCAGAAGCGAUGUGUAGUCUGAAUUCCACCCUGACUUGUCUUGAUGGUUCCUGUGAGGAUGGUCUUCUGUGUUGCUCCACAUCGAAUUGUGGACCCAUAUGCGUUGAUACAGAUAAAAUACGACUGCAAGCCGAUAGAGUUGAUGACACACCCACUAUGUGCGAAUACCUCCGAGACUUUGACGAAAAAAUGGAAGGAACAGUUGAUGGAAUGAAGCUGGCGCUACCGGCUCCAAGCUGUAACCUUGACGGAUCCUUUACGUCACAGCAAUGUGCUCAAGGUCGCUGUUGGUGCGUGGACUCUUUUGGUACGGAGAUACCAGAAACUAGCACGAAUUCUUCAGCCCUAGACUGUGACAAGAUUCGCGCUGAACUCUCCUGCCUAGAUCUGACAUGUCGUAUGGGAUGUGAUUAUGGAUUUGAGAUUGGUUCCAACAAAUGCCCUACAUGCCGAUGCCGCGACCCUUGCGCAGGAGUAACUUGUCCUUCGGGACGCGCUUGCGCACUCGUUGACGUUGCCUGCGAUGCUGAUUAUUGUCCACCUGUACCUGCCUGUUUACCACGGAAAAGCGGACAAUGUCCAUACCUCGUGCCGUGGACUGGUGCCUGUGAAUGGGCCUGUCGUUCUGACAGCGAAUGUGGUGGGGAGCAGCGCUGCUGCGCUACCGGAUGUGGGACUGCUUGCACUGCUGUCGUGCACCAUACAGCAUGUCAGCAAAGAAGAGCUCUUGCCUUACACACAUCGGCGGAAAGUGGCAGUCCGCCAGCGUGGAACUGGGUUCCUGAGUGCACGGAAGAUGGUUCUUACGAGCGAGUACAGUGCAGAGGAUCAGAGAAAACCUGUUGGUGUGUGGACAGUGUUGGCAAUGAGAUAGCUGGUACCCGCGUAGCAAACUCCACCCCACCGUGCGAUGAACCCCUCGAGUGCCACACACCACAUUGCGAGCACGACGACGUUUGCACCCACGGCCGCGUGAUGGAUGAAAGAGGAUGCCCCACAUGUACCUGCAGAGAUCCAUGCGCUGAAGCAAAGUGCAGAGACGAUGAGAGCUGUGAACUGGUGCCGGUAGACUGUGAGGGAGACUCCUGUCCACCGCUGGCAAGAUGUUCUCCAUCUCCGCAAUGUCCUGAAGGAGAACCACUAUCCGCUCCAGACGGCUCAGGGGCUCUUCUGUGCGGUCCUAGUGCUGCAGCCUGUCCAUCGACGCACGCGUGUCGCUUCGCCCCACACGAUUCAAGGCCUUCUGUGUGCUGUCCUAAACCAAGAACCGUGUGCUUCGAGAACAAGGAUGAAGGGGAGUGUCCAGACGGCAAAGGAUUGAACGCCACUCGAUGGUACUUCCACCACGAACGAAACCGCUGCGAGCGAUUUAAGUACAACGGCUGCACGGGCACACACAAUAACUUCCGAACUAAGGAAGAGUGUAAUGCUGUUUGUCCUGUGCUAAGUCCAUGCGAACGAUUACGCGAGAAGAAUGAAGCUGCCGCGCAGAAGUACGGCAAAGGCACUUUCAUACCCAAAUGUGAUGUAUCCGGAGCUUGGGAAUCAGUACAGUGCAUGUCGCAUAUCGAUGUAUGUUGGUGUGUGAACGCUCGAGGUGAACCGCAAAAGGGGUCAUUAGUACGGGGCGCAAAGCCGACAUGCAACUUCCGGCAGGCCCGGAAGUGGAUGAGGCGAGAUCCGCUAGAUGAAAGGGCUAGGGCUGAUGAAGUACUAGAAGAACUUAUACGACAAAUGACGGCGUAUAGAGUUGACGAAUUUACGGAUGACAUCGAAGACUUUGACAGCAAUGAAUUGAUGGAACAAAAUGACGAGCCAGCGUCCACUGAGUCGGAAGACUCGUCGGUUUUGGUCGAGGCAGUGGAACCAAAAAUUGCGCAAGUCACCAAGAAAGAUACUCCAGUGGUGGGACGCGAACGCUCUGGGUUCAAGACUAAGUGCCAAAUGAUGCAAGCGGAAAUUGAGAACGGUGGUGAGGGUUGGAAUCCAAGAUGUAUGUCAGAUGGAUCUUUCUCUCCUCGGCAAUGUUCUCGCGGUCGCUGCUGGUGCGUAGAUGCAGCCGGACAACGUAGAACAACACCCACAACAGUGUCUGACCGACCAGAUUCAGAUCCAUGUGAAAUAACGCAAAUAGAGUCAGCUCUAUUGGAGCUGGAGCUGGUUGGCGCUGACAGUGCAGCUGGAGAGAAAGCUCGCUCCACGUUAUCAUCGCAUUUAGCAUCACUCGGCGCAAGAGUCCCAGUAACAGUAGUAAAGGAACGCAAUGUUGUCAAGCUACGAGCUUUGUUACCAGGACCAAGAGCUGCUGAUCUUGUGUAUCACUUGGAGACAAUGGUGAAGAAAGAAAAACUAGAAGGCAUCGAUAAGACGGGAGAUGGUGUGCUUGGAGCUGAUGUCAUACGUAGUGAAUACCGUCUUGUAGCUACACCACCUACACCCGCCAUGCAGAGGGAGAUCGUUAGUGAAUCGACUGUAUCUGCAGCUACAUCGUAUCACACGGCUUUGAUCGUCCUAGCAGCAACAUCCGCCUUUAUCAUCAGUGUCCUCUGCGUCCUCGUUAUGUUGUACCGAGCCAGACUCCAAAGGGAACCGCACAAGGCAGAAAGGUUUCUGCCGGCAGCACCUCCGGUCUAUGUACUCUCCGCUGAUGAGAAAGCGGAGCUCGCGAGGGUACUUCACUCACCACAAACAAAUGACGACAAUUCAAGAGUAUAA